GCCAUGAUGGUUGGUAGAUCCAACUUCCUUUCCCGGUCACAAUACAACGCGCCACCUCCUACAGUAAGCACUGUGGGUCCACCGGAAACAAUCGCGCUCGAAAAGGCAUCGAACUGGAAAUACCUCUUUAUGGGACAAGGGAUACAAGCGAUGCUUUCAUUAGUUCUUGCCGCGGACACUCCGCCUACAUAUAAGGCCACAUUAGCUCUGGACAAGAAGCUGCGUGCAUAUGAUAGCUUCUUGGAUCCUACAUUUCUAACAGAACUCGGCAACCCUCCGGAAAAGAAUACGGCCUCCUGUCGGUCAAAGAGGCUGCGGCAAUUCUUCGUUUUACUAGCCAAAGAAUCCACCCUUUUGCAUCUUCAUCGUUCUUUCCUAAACCGAGCUGUCAUUAACCCAGAUGCUACUAGCUCUCACUCUCAGUUUUUUAGAUACCAGAGUGCUUGUGCCAUCAUACGGGAAUAUCCUGACCUAUAUGAUUGUCAGCCUGUUUUGAAUCGUUUGGAAGAGGCCGCUAGUGGAGCAUAUGGAUCUCGUGAUAAUCACCCACUCAAAGUCACGACAGCCACGCUACCAGAGGUACGCCGACCUUUGGAUGGAAUAGAGACUGCACAAGAAACGACUCCUGUGUCGAGUGACGGAUCAAUUCCAAUGGCGUCGCAGCAGACCCUUGAAGGCGUCUUUGAAGGCGACAAUGGUCUGUUAGACUCGACAUUUUUCUCCACUUCCUAUCCUCUCGAUCCCACAUACGGGGGCAUGAAUUGGCAUUACAUCCCCAGAAACCCUUCAAAGAAAAAUACUAUCGAGGAAAACCUUGUCAUCGAACAGGGUGACGCCAAUGCGUUGUGGACAGAACUACUCCAACAGCUAUCCUCUUCUGAUCCGAGUCUCCAAUCAACCCUCGAAUAG